AUGGGCGUUGUGCCGUUGCAAGAUGAAGAACCCGGAGCAGCACCACCGGUCAGUUGCUUCGCCGUCGGAUGGGGUGACACAAGCUUCCCAGAAUCAUCUGAUUGGUCCACGGAACACCUGAAGAUUGGACACUAUCGGCUAGUUACACGCAAAGCUUGUGUCGAGCAGUGGGCCACUCGGGGCCAAAUCAUUACGGAAGAGAUGCUUUGUGCACAUUCCAAGCCCGCCAACGUUUGUGCCGGCGAUAGCGGAGGACCGUUCGUGUGCGAUGGACGACUGUAUGGAAUCGUGUCUUUUACUACCUUUAACUGCUCGAACGAACUACCUCAAGGCUUCACCAGGGUGUCGGCACCGAAAAUUCGUUCCUUCAUCCGAGCGGUGGCUGCCGUCUAG